AUGGGUCUACUGAGUUCUAAAAACCCCAAAACCAAGCAAGCCCAGAUUCUCCUUCUGGGACUUGACUCAGCUGGGAAGUCUACCCUCCUUUACAAAUUGAAGCUUGCUAAGGAUAUCACGACCAUCCCAACAAUAGGAUUCAACGUGGAGAUGAUCGAGUUGGAAAACAGUCUUUCGCUCACGGUCUGGGAUAUUGGAGGACAGGAGAAGAUGAGAACUGUGUGGGAGCACUACUGUGAGAACACGGAUGGGCUGAUGUAUGUCGUGGAUAGUACGGACAAACAACGGCUGGAAGACUCCAGGAGAGAGCUGAAGCACAUUUUGAAGAAUGAGCACAUUAAAAAUGUGCCUAUCGUCCUAUUAGCCAACAAACAAGAUGUGCCUGGAGCUCUAUCUGCCGAGGACAUCACGAGAAUGUUCAGAGUGAAGAAGCUGUGCAGUGACAGGAGCUGGUAUGUGCAGCCCUGCUGUGCCAUCACUGGGGACGGGCUGAUGGAGGGGUUCAGGAAACUGACUGGAUUUGUGAAAAGCCGCAUGAAAUCAAGAGGAGACACCUUGGCAUUCUUCAAGCAGAACUGA